GCAAAAUGACAUUUCUCACGCCAUUUUUCGCAACUCCCCUUGGAGUUGCUCUGAAGGCAGUAAGCUUAUGGCUUCAGGCCUAGAGAAGCACGCAUUCGACUCUCCUCGCUUCUCAUCUUCAUGCCUUCUUCACUUCUUCAACUCAUUUUGUUCAUACCCAGAGCACCGUUCUCUCUCAUUUCAUUCUCAACCUACAUUUCAACAAUCAAACAUACACAGUUCAGCCAGUCACCACUACCCGUUAUUCAAAAUUUUUUGUCACUCUUACAAGAAUCUUCGAAAAAUCUCAUCUUGGUUAGAUCCAUUCAUGCCCAGAUUAUAACCAAUUCACUCUAUACAGACCAAUAUUUAUCUAGUAAACUGGUCAAGGCCUACUCAGAGUUUGGUUGUUUCAAAGCUGCCCGUUAUGUGUUCGACCAAUUUUCUCACCCGGAAGUGUUUUUAUGUAAUGCCAUGAUGAAGGCAUAUUCGCGGGAUGGGCGGUACCGUGAGACCCUUGAGAUGUUUCGAAUGAUCCGUUUAUGUAAUUUAGAAAUUGACAGUUGCACUUGUACUUUAGCUCUCAAAGCGUGCACAAGCUUGUCAGAUCAUGAUACUGGGAUGGGAAUCAUAAGAAGUGGUAUGGAAUGUGGGAUGCACAAUAAUCAGUUCUUCGGAAGUUCGAUGAUAAACUUUUUGGUUAAAUUCGGCCAUGUUGAGGAGGCGAGUAGGUUGUUCGAUGACAUGCUGAAUAAGGAUAUUGUGUGUUGGAAUUCUAUGAUUAAUGGUUACGUCCAAGAUGGCCGCAGUAAAGAGGCUUUUGAUUUGUUUUUCAACCUGCGUGGUUGUGGAAUUAGGCCAAGUCCUGUGACAAUAGUGAGCUUAACACAAGCAUGUGGAAGGAUUGGGAAUUUGGAACUUGCAAAGUCUAUUCAUGGCUGUGUGCUUGGGUUGGGAAUGAGUAAUGAUACUGUGGUUCUUACCUCAUUAGUUGAUAUUUAUGGUAAGAUAGGUGACAUCGAAAGUGCUUAUUUGGUUUUUAAUAGGAUGCCUACGAAAAGUUUGGUAUCAUGGAAUGCAAUGAUCUCAGGGUGCAUUAAAAAUGGUUUGGUGUAUCAAUCUUUUAACCUCUUCCACAGAUUAAUGGGUAGUGGUGGUGGGUUUGAUUCGGGAACCAUUGUUAGCCUUCUUCAAGGUUGUUCACAAAUAGCUGACCUGGAAAGUGGAAAGAUCCUCCAUGGUUGCAUUUUAAGAUGGGGUCUUGAAUUGAAUCUCAUUUUGUCUACUGCGCUUGUCGAUUUGUAUUCCAAAUGUGGUGCGAUAGAGCAGGCAAGCUGUGUUUUUAAGUGUAUGGAAAAUAAAAAUGUGAUUACAUGGACUGCUAUGCUGGUAGGCCUAGCACAAAAUGGGCAUGCAGAAGGUGCAUUGAAAUUAUUUAAUCAGAUGCAAGAAGAGGGAGUUGCUUCCAAUUCUGUCACUCUUGUUAGUUUAGUCCAUUGUUGUGCCCAUUUGGGCUUCUUGAAGAAAGGAAGGAGUGUACAUGCUCAUUUGACACGGUGUUGGUUUGCCUUUGAUGUUGUUAACUUGACGGCCGUAAUUGAUAUGUAUGCCAAGUGUGGAAAAAUAAAAUCUGCCGAAAAAGUAUUCAACAAUGGCCAUGUCUCUAAAGAUGUUAUCUUAUGGAACUCUAUGAUAACUGGCUAUGGUAUAAAUGGUUAUGGACAUCAAGCUAUCUAUGUGUAUAGUAGAAUGAUCGAGCAGGGAAUCACGCCUAAUCAAACUACAUUUCUUGCUCUUCUAGCUGCAUGUAGUCACUCGGGACUAGUGGAAGAGGGGAUCAAUCUAUUUAACAGGAUGGAAACAGACCAUAACGUCAAGCCUGCUAAGAAACACUAUGCUUGUGCUGUGGAUCUUCUUAGUCGAGCAGGCCGUCUUGAAGAGGCUGAGGCAUUCAUUAGAAAAAUGCCUUUUGAACCGGAUACUUUUGUUCUUGAACCUUUGCUGAAUGGGUGUCGCACUCACAAGAAAAUUGAUAUUGGAUUACGAACUGCGGAUAGGUUGCUUCGCUCGGAUAUUAUGAACCCUGGAAUUUAUGUUAUGGUAGCAAAUAUAUAUGCUGAAGUGAGGAGAUGGGAUGCAGUAGAUUACAUCCAAGGCCUCAUGAGGAAAAGGGGGCUGAAGAAAACCCCUGGUUGUAGCUCAAUUGAAGUAGGAAACCAUCUCCACAUUUUCUUAGCUGGAGAUGAUUCACAUCCAAACUGGGCAGAAAUUUAUCAGCAUUUGGAAACUUUAAGAUUAGAAAUGGAGGCUUCUGGAUAUGUGCCUGAUACUAGUUGUGUUCUCCGUGAUGUUGAUGAGCAGAUGAAGGUGAAGUUGCUGUGGGGACAUAGUGAGAGACUAGCAAUGGUAUUUGGACUUUUGAGCACACCAGCUGGAAGUGUGAUUAGGAUCACCAAGAAUCUUCGUGUAUGCCGUGACUGUCAUAUUGUGACUAAAUAUAUAUCCCAGAUGGUCCAGAGAGAGAUAAUUGUGAGAGAUGUUAACCGUUUUCAUCACUUCAGAGAUGGGAAAUGUUCUUGUGGUGAUUACUGGUGAUGAGGGCCUUCUUGAGAGAUUGGUGUAGCAUGUGGCAUCUAUGUCUCAAGCUGCAGGAGUAGCAGAUGUUUUAGCUGCUGGCCUCCUUCCCUGGAUGACUGUGAAAUGCAAGUACUUCUAAAGUGCAAUGUGAAGGUUCAUAGGUGUGUGUUGCCCGUAUCAAGACUUUCAAACCUUGGAGGUCAAUAGAGGGAAUCUUUCUACACCAAGCAAAAAACUAAAGACGGGAGACUCAAUUCUGUAAUAAGUUUAUUUGCUGUACAACCGCUGACAAGAUAUGUUUCAUUGUUUCGUCUGUAUUAAACAGCCAAGAGACUCCCCUGCUCUGACACGUCUCAGCUUUCUCAAAGCGUCGGCUUUAUUUAUUCUUCUGUUCAAGUUGGCUAUUAAGUAUCUUUUUGUACCAGGCUAGGUUUCCAAUUGUGCUUCACUGUUCUUGGCAACUUCGUUGCUGUACAGAUAUGAAUU